AUGAGCCCAACGAUGGCGCUUUCGAGGACCAACACAGACUUGUUCACUCAUGACCUUCUCAAGCUGGCUCCCAAGGCAGAAAGCAUCCAUGAUAAACACGACGAGGCGAAAAUCGCCUUCAACAAAUUCGUGGAUGCCCGCUACAAAGAUGGCUCCAGUGGAUACUCAGAAGUUGGCGUGCUCCUCGUGCGCUGGAGUGAUGACGAUUUGGGAGUAGCCGAUGAGGUCAAUCUGCUCAACGAAGUCUUCGGCGAACAGUUUCGCUUCGACACAGAAGUCUACGAAAUCCCCAGAGAAAACUCCGCUUCCGAACUGCAGGCUAAGAUGCAGCUUUGGGCCAACCAGUAUGAGGGCGCCGAUAAGCUAAGCAUCAUAUACUAUGCUGGACACGGUAGCCAAGUGAACGGCAAUUCAGGCCAGCUGGAGUUGCACGGAACCCGCGAAACUCUCAAAGAGAAGGCCGAGACCUUCUUCAAGUCGUCUUUUAGACCCCUCGACAUGACCGACACGGAUACCUUGUUAAUCCUUGACUGUUGCCACGCCGCUCUGUCCUUUUCUCAGAAGCAAAUUGGCCGAAGAAAAUUCGAGCUCCUUUGCUCCGUGGCUCCCAGCGAAACUGCCUACGGGCCGAAGAACGCCGCUUCCUUCACCAAGACUCUUUACAUGGCGCUGAUGGACCUGCUCGCAGAGCGCCCCCUGCAAGGCUUCUCUACGUCAGAACUGUAUAUGAAACUUUACCAUAAAUCUCUGAUAACCAAGAAGCCCUUUCUCUUUGACCAGUCAUCCAAGAACUUUGGCUGGAUCUACCUUCGGCCCUUCUACUAUGGGCCGGAGCCGAAGCAAGAGAACAUAGCGGUCGAGCUGCGCCUGGAAAUGUCCAGGAUGCCCGAGGAGCCGGAGAUGAAGGAGCUGGCAGCUCACAUGCAGUAUCUUCCGCUCGUGAAGAAACUGAAGUUCCAGCACCUGCACGCCCCAGAUCACAUCUUGGAUGAGUUCUUCAAUGACUUGAUCAGGCGGCAAAGAAUCAGGCCGUUCAUCAGGAAACUUCGCCAGCGAGUCGCCAUGAAACGGAACGAGAAAUCCAACGUUCCCCCAACAAAAGAGAACAAAAAGGUGGCUGUCUCCGAUGUCCAAGACAUAUAUGACUGGGGAGCAGAAACCGAGAUGUCCCACCCGAAUCGCCCGGUUCGCCGCGCAAGCAUGCCUUUAUACAAAAAGAGCCUGUCCAGGCAGACCACUGCUGUCGACAGCAAUGCCAAUGACGACAACUGUAUCGAGGAGGAGCGUGCCUCUUUGAAGACCGGAAACACUUUAUCCUUGGCAAUGCUGUUCACUCUCCUCGGCUCUUCCUUGUCAAGGGUAAGAUGCAAGUAUGCGGAGCUGUCUCCCAUCAAAUUUCUGCUUGAGCUCUCUGUCACGGUUUUGAUCUUUUUCCUGGAAAUGAUGUUGCGCUGGUGCAAUGGAUUACACGAAUGGACGCGGCAGCCUCGAAAAUUGUGA